AAGAGGUUCCUCCGAACCGGACCCACCUUCAACCUCAGGGCCUCCACGCCGCCCAGGCGCGAGAUUUCUGACUGGGUUAUUGACGUUGAUGGCGUGUCCAGCGCCAUAUCCCUGUUGGGCAACAAAUAUGGGCCAAAGGAGCAUCACACCCGUGUCGCCCGCUUGGACCAUGUGACCGUUUAUGUGGCGUAAUUAAAACGGCAGCAGGAGGUUGUUGCAACUGAUCAUCGCGCUGUUGUAUGUCCAUGGCCUGUCCUCCUGCUGCCUCCUGCUCCUACACGGUGGUCCUUAUCCCACUCAGGAGCAGCCUCUGCAGCCCGGACGCGCUUCGCUUCUACUUGUGGAUCAAGCAUCUCAAGGAUCUAGAAAAGGAAAAAGAUAUCCUAUACUGUGGUCUGGAGAUCCUGGAGCAGGCCCGACUCUGGUACCGCCAUCGGCUCGAAAAGAACAAGGUCCGACAGGAUGACGCAGACGCCAAAAGUUGGGCCAACUCCUGCCGGGAAGGCGUCGCAAAGGGGGCCCAUUCCUGCUGGCUGAGCUCACGCGUGCAGCGGGUGAACGCAUCGCUGGCUUCUGUCAUGACUGAGCCCAAUGACACCAGUGGGGACGCUGCGGCAGACGGCGCCCUCUGGUGGCAGCACACCCGACUCACACAGGAAGUGAGUCAGAAAAAUCAACAGAUCUCCAAAUUAGAGAUGGAAAAUGACACGCUCCUCCAACAACUCUACAGUUGUUUUCCCACAACGCACUGGUUUGUGAAGCCUUGAUUUUAUUUACACAUUUUGAGGUGAUGGAGUCCAACAGAUGAAAUUGGAAAUACCGAAAUAAGGCAAGAAUUAAGUCCAGCAUUGAAUAGAGCCCUGUCAGUCCGGGAUCUUCCGCUUCCGUUGUGCGCAUGUGGGCUCUCUGCCUCGACACGCCGCCCCGUCCCGGUGGUCCCGUACUGAUCGUAGUUGUGCUGAUAAACUUUAUCUAAAGGAGGCAUCACGCAAGUCUACGGGAAUUUCAAGGCGACCUCCUCUUACCAUUACCCCCCCCCCCCCACACACACACACACACUCGGCCAGAGUACAACCCAAAAAAGUGAAUUUAAUAAAAAAUUGUCUUGCACCAGUAUUGCGAUGAUGAUCACUUUAUUGCAUUAUAGGUGCAGAGGGCUUAAAUUGUAUCGGAAUAGAAAUGUCUCACCUCUCCGUCAUGCCCAAAUGAGCCCUUCUGCACACUUCCUGCAAGGAAUCCGAUUAGGAUCAGCCCGUGCGCAUCCAAAAAGAAAACAUCCUUUAUGAAGGAGGCUUUCAUUUAAGUAGCUUCAUGCUCUCUACCUCACCGCGCAAGUGAACCAUCCAUCAAGGCCAGGGUACCAGCACUUGACGAUUUACCGGAUCCAAUUCACACGGCACACAAUUUUGUUUUGGGUAUGUCACGCCUCACGGUUCAGCUAACAUGCGCUCGAUACGGGUAUGUCCAAAUCCUGUACGUACAAUGUCAAUCUUGUGGGUUUAUUUUAUUUUAUUUUUUGCUUCCAAUUUUGUGGCUUUGGUCUCAAUGUGAAGUCGCUUCCGUGCAGGUCUGAGGCGCUGGCAAGAUAUAGGGGUCCCUCAUAAACUGUCUGACAGAUUUGUACCGCGUGUUGCGACAAAAGAAAGCCAGAAAAUGCAAAAUAUUGGCUUUAUAUUUACACAUUAUUUACACUUUCUUCGAGAAGUUGUUCCUUUCAAAAAUAGGUUUUUAAAGGGAUUUUUUUUUCUCCAUUGCAUUCGAGCUUCAUGCAGUGAGGCGGAAGGGUGGGCCAAAAGUAGGUACGAAACACUGCAAAUAUAGGAUGCAGUCCCCCACUUCCAAACUACUUUCUCCUUAGAUUCACUUUCCUCAUUCCUUGUCGUGUCUGUUUUUUAUUCAAGCCUCCUUGCCUAAUGCAGUUGAUUUUUUUUUUUUUUUUUUAUGUCCUCACUUCGAAAAAAAAAAAUAGUCGCCAACGUCCUCACUGGCAUUUGGGCCGUUUGUGGCCAGCUUCCAGUGAUAUCCCGGCUACGUUCACGUCCAAAAGGCCCUGCAGGUGUUUAAUAUAGUCGAUGGCGGCCCGGAGUGUCUCCACCUUACUGAGUCUCUUGUCGUCAAACUCCCUCGGCAGGCGCUCCCGGAGGCGCGCGUAGCCCUCGUUGACGCAGCGCACCCGGUGGCGCUCCCUCUCGUUCCUCUUGCGAAUAAACGCGGGUUCCAACGCGUAUUCACACACGCUCACCGGACCGGGACACGGGUAAUAGUGCAGCCCUCCUCCGUAUGGCAACUUGGGGCUGCGGUGGACACGGUCCAGGUAAGCCGGCUCCAGGUGGAAGGAGGGAAGACCGAAAUGGGGGUGCGCUCCGUUGAUGUCCACGGAGAAGCAGUGGAGCGCCAGUGGAGGAAUAUAAGGAAUGUGCUCCAUCCCCUCAUUGUGAUAAGACAUUAUUUCCCCCCCUGAAAAUAAAUGUAAUUAGUGCCUAA